AUGAUGACUAUUUUAGAAGAGGAAGACUCUGAAUCUUUUGAUUCAAACCAAGGCACUCAAGAAAACCGCAUGACCACAAAAGUUGCCCAAUUGCGCCUAGAAGACAGCUUAAGCGGCGACACAAGCGAAGAUCCAGAAAAAGCUACAACAGAUAGCAUUUCUCGUCAAGACAGUAUAAAAAGCUGGCAUGAAUUUAAAUCUGAAGAUUCUAGACGCGAUUCCUUUGGAAAACCUGUAAAACCCAACAACAUUGAGUUUCCAUCAUUGGUGAAAGGCCUUGAUCUUGAAGGAAACCAUUUCCAGCAUAAGGACUCAGGAUCUUCACGAGGAGGAUCUAUGGGAAGUGAAGGAUCAAAAACAUCUUUAGCAAUGGCGAGGGCUGAGGUGAAUGCUAUGAUGGACGCAAGCGAAAAAGCUGAUAGACUAAGCGAUUUAGAUGAAGUGACUGGAAGACUAUCUUUCUACUCACUUGACGAAAGCAUGGUAAGCACAAUAGGCUUAGGAGGAGCGGCUUCGCCUAUGAUUAUGAAAAGAACUACAUUAGAAAUGACUGAUACAUGAAAUAAAAUCAUACAAAGCGACGAGCAUGAUGACCCUGAAGGUCUCUUACUUGCUGCUAUUGGAAAAGGACCUGCAGAAGAAAAUUCAAGCAAACCUUCCUUUUGGGAAAAAAUCGGACUCAAAGAUAGUAAAGACAGAGAGCAUCAAUGAUAUGCCCUAGCAGUAGAAGAAUGGCAUAGAGUGGAAGCUGAAGUAAAGCGGCUUAAGCUUGACAAUGAAAGCUUAGCUAUCGAAAUUAAGCAGCUGGAUGCCAAAGUUGUAGCAGCAACACAGAAUACUAAUGAGCUUGAAGAAAAAUCUUUUCAAGUAAAGAAAAAAAUAAUUGAUGAAAAAAUGCAACUAGAAUUAAAACUGGAAGCAAAAAACAGCGAAAUUGACGAAGCAUUCAGAACUCAAGAAGACCUCCUGCAGAGACUGCAAGAACUGAAGGAUAAUUACAUAUUGAGAGAUAUAGAGGAAGAAGAAAGAGAGGAAAGAUGAAUAAUGAGAAUUCAAGAUUUAAGGUCACAUCUAAUUAUCAUCAUGGAUGAACGAACUCAGGCUGAGGCAGAAUGCUUAAAAAAUCAGGAAUUACUAGAGGUUAUGGAGUCUGAAAGGAGUGAACAAAACUGCCUAAAUGAACAGAUAGAGAUAUGCAUUGAGUUAUUGAAUGAGUCUAUGGAAUUCUUUACCCAAUCAAAUCGUCAUUUGAAUUUUACUGCUGAAUUUUGUGAGGUCUUAAAAAACUUAAGAGAAGCAACAUUUGAAGCUAUUGAAGCCGAAAAAGAGUUCAAAAGGGAUGCCUUAACAGAUCCACGAACUAUUAUGCCGUACUCCAGGCAAUCGGAAUUUUUGCCAGGAGCUUCGACAAGGAUUGAAAAAUAG